UACAUACCCCUUGCCUUUAUGCAACUGUCGACGGCAUUUGCGACUUAUGCCUAACGCUCAACCACCUCAUAACUCAGCCAAACCGAAGACACUCGUCAACGCCUUCACCGACACCUGGAACGACGCACGCCUUCGUCGGGCACAACGCACGAAAGCUGCUGCUGAGCGUCGCGCGAAACGAAGAAAACCUCAACCUUGGAUCCUCCGUAAGCUUGCAGUCGCAGUCGUUCUUGCUUUACUGGGAUGGCUCCAAUAUGUCUAUGUGGGAAGGUUGUGUGUGCCGAUGAUCAGACGCGAUGCUGGCACGAGGGGAACGUUCGGACAAGGAGUCGCAUACCUGAUUGUCUAUGAGGUGCUUUGGAUUAUUGCGUUAUGGUGCUACAUUAAGAUCAUCACUGUGCCACCGGGCUUCGCGAAGGAUUAUAUCAAGAAGUCACCUGUACCACAGGACAUACAGCAACCUAGAGCGACUUCUCCGGAAACCUUCAUAGCUUCUACUCAACGGACAAGCAGCGAUACCGCUAGACUACCUCUUCGCCCAACGGCCACUCACCCACCUCCUUCAUCCCAGUCCGAUCGUCCAGAUCUGCCCCGCACCAUCGGUUCUACCAGCAGUCUUAACUCGAGUCGCUCCCGUGGUCCUAUUGAAUUCCCAGAGAACAACCCCAUCGCACGCCCAUUCGGGAGGGCAUCUACAACUGCCUUCGGAUCGGUCAAGAACCCCUCUCCAACUGGGAAGAAAGAGCCUUCUGAGGCAGAAGCUGCGCCAGGAUUCAUCAAAGUGCAUGCCAGCCGUGUGCCGAUAUCUAAUGGCGCUCUGGCCACGAAUGGCGCGAAUGGGUCCACGAAGCCUCCCGAUCCUGCUGUUCGCCCUUCGUGGGAAGCUGCACCGCCGAGCGGGGAGGCAGAGACUUGGGCGGACAAUCUCCCGCCAAGCAGAAGGCCGAACCACCCGGUGUUGACCCCCUUCAGAAGAUACUGUUACAAGUGCGAGUUGGUCAAGCCGUAUAGGUCGCACCACUGUAGCACGUGUGCGCAGGACGUGCUUGGGUUUGAUCAUCAUUGUCUAUGGGUUGGACAGUGCGUGGGAGCGAGAAAUCGGAAGUUCUUUAUCAAUUUUUUGGUAUGGGCCGUCCUUCUCUGUGCUUUCACCUUAGCCACUCUUCUAGUUGCGAAUGCGAGUCGCGCAUAUGCCGGUGACCUCGAUGGCGAAAUGAUUGCCAUCAUUGCGAUUGCGGGAUUCUUCACGAUGUUUACCGGAGCUCUGUUAUCUUCGCACGUGUGGAUGCUGACUGUCAACCUUACAACUAUUGAACACAUGUGGCUGCAAACCUUGCAGCGGCGAGACACGGUCUCGUUGAGUAUGAAGUAUUCAAUAUGGAACUUAGUCGGCAAAGGGCGGCAAAGGCAUCAGUGGAAUCAAGAGUGGGGUAAUCUAUCCACUGAGGGCAACAUCUGGUGGCGUGGGAGCACACGGGCCAACUGGGAAGCGACCAUGGGCAAGAGUUGGUUGUGGUGGAUUUUGCCCAUUGGCCGCAGCCAGAGCGAUGGGCUGUCAUACCCUGUCAACCCACGGUUCUCCCCUGAAGGUCGAUGGAGACGACGAUCCGAAUGGCCAGUCGAGCUGCGGUAAUACAUUGGCAUGUUGGCUCUGGAGCCAUCCUUGCGCGGACUCGUGUCACUUCACGCACUGUACUUCUAUCACUCUAGGAUGAUCAUUGGAUCUGUAUUAUG